AUGAAUAUCGUCUUCUUGUUCCUUCUUGUUUUUGGAUUUAGUCAUUGUGCGGUUGAUUACGAUCAGUAUGACGAUGAGGAUUUAGCGUUGAGCAUUCCAAAAGAUGCAGUUGGUGUCCCAAAGGAAUUCAGACGCCGUGUUUUGAAAGAGAUGGCAAUUCGACAGAAGCCUAAUGAUAUUCCCAAAAAUCGUUGCUACUGCAAUUAUGAUGAAUCGAUUUGCGGAAAGAACAUGACGUGUGUGAAAAUGGAUGGAGCCGCUUGCUAUCAUGCUGUUGAAGAGAAGUACAACAAACAUGAAAAACGAAUGGAAACUCAACACAAAUGGGGUUGUGCCACAUUGGAAAGGGGAAGUGGAGCCUCUCAUCUUACGUGCAACUCCUGGAGAGCUGCUCAUCAUUCACCCAAAAGCAUCGGAUGUUGCUACGAGGGAAACUUUUGUAACAAAGAUUUGGUACCCCCACCUUACGUUCAUCAUCAUAAAGAAAAAGUUCUUCAAGAAGAAGACAAUAGCUACAACGAGACCAAUUCUUCAUUCAAUAAUGUCAUAAAUGGGAUAGAGAUGUUUUUCAUAAUCAUUGCAGUUGGAAUGAUUGCAUUUGGAGUUGUCUGGUGGGCGUAUCGUCGUCGUUCAAGAUCUGCGAAGGAAAAACCAGUCUCUCUAUCGACUGAGUCUUCCUACUGGGACGAGAAGAGAGCGAUGAUGGAAGAUUCUGGAAGCGGCUCUGGACAAGCUGCAUUAUUGCAAAGAACCGUAAGACAAGACUUGACAAUCAUUCAAACAAUCGGACAAGGAAGAUAUGGAGAAGUACGGAAAGCGUUGUAUCGUGGAAGCUACGUGGCAGUGAAGACGUUCUACACAACAGAUGAGGAUUCGUGGAAGAAUGAACGAGAUGUGUAUCAGACAAAUAUGAUCAAUCAUGAGAACAUUCUACAAUUUGUGGCUGCUGACAUCUGGAGUGAAGAAGAUUCUAUGACAAAGAUGCUUCUGAUCACAGAUUACCACGAACUUGGGUCCCUUUCUGAUUAUUUGUGUCGUGAGGAAACAUUAACCACAGAAGAAGCGCUUCGACUGAUUCACAGCUGUCUAUGUGGAAUCGAACAUCUGCAUGCUUCAGUGCAAGGAACUGGAAGUUUCAGAAAACCUGAAAUUGCACACAGAGAUAUCAAAUCGAAGAAUAUUAUUGUGAAAAGACCGAAUGUUUGCUGUAUUGCGGAUCUUGGUCUAGCUCUCAGAUACCAGAAUAACGAAAUAAUUCCCCAAAAGUAUAAUGUGCAAGUUGGAACGAAACGUUACAUGGCUCCAGAACUUUUAUCGAACACCUUGAAUCCUCAAGAUUUCUCACAAUUCAAAAUGGCAGAUAUCUAUUCGAUGGCACUUGUUAUGUGGGAAAUUGUCAUUCGAGUUGAAGUGAAUACUUGUGAAGAAGUGUCGGCUCUAGAUGAGACAGCUGCGGAUCACAGUGCAUCGAGUGGAAUUGGAGAGUCAAUAAGUUCGUCAGACAACUACUCCAGAAUACAACGCCAUCAGAAGCAAAAAGUUGAGAGCCCUGCCUCUCUGAAAGCCAAGCCAUACAUGCCUCCAUUCGAUGGAAUUGUACACAACGAUCCAAGUUUUGAUGACAUGAGAGAAGUAGUUUACGUUCGGAAAGUUCGUCCGCCACCGGAAUUAGCGUGGAAGAAGGUUCCAGUACUUCAUAAACUGAGCAAACUGAUGGAGGAUAGUUGGCAUGCAAUGCCUCACUUCAGACAUACAGCUUUGAAGCUGAAAAAAGAGACCACCAAGCUCAUUGAAAUGACUGAUAGACAGAAGCAACAACAAGGAAAAGAAAUGUUCCAACAGCAAGAUAGCUGUCUCGUGGAAUCAGCCACUAACAGAUAUGCAUGUUAA